CGCCAUUGUUGUAAUUGAAAUCCCUAGAGCUUGUGUUUGUGGCCACCAAGGCUGUGACUGGCAGACGUGUGGACCGUUUUAAGAAAACAAUUCAUUCUAGCACCAUAGUUUUAUUAUUUAAAGAUCCUGUUUAAUGGAUCUAGGUCACACAUACGCCACUGCGAGCGGAGCGGACUGCAGCUAGUGAAAAUUAGUGAAAUAGUAGACGAGACGAACAAGUGAGCAAACAUAAUUAACAUAAGUAGCAGCAGUUCACCAACAUGGGGGCGGAGAAAGGAGCGCGGCGUAUCAACCUGGAUGACAUCCUGACCGACGAGCUGGGGCAGUUCGGACUGUUCCAGCUGAAGACCCUGUUGUUAGCGCUCGGCAUCGUGAUAUUCAUGUCGUGGGGAGCCAACGAGUAUGUGUUUACCACUGCCAGGAUUAACACGAGAUGCCUGAUCCCGGAAUGCGACGGCGCCCAGCCCGAGUUCUCCCCCGGAUGGCUGGAGAACGCCAUUCCGGGCACCGGGAGCUCAUUCGAGGGCUGCGAGCGGUUCCGCAGCGCCGGCAACUUCUCUCACCAGCCCGCCUGCCCCGCGCACAUGUUCAACAAGGACCACAGAGACCAGUGUGAGGAACGGCUCUACGAGAAUACACAUUCAAUUGUUUACGAUUACGACUUGGGUUGCGAGGAGUGGCAGCGUUCCCUGAUUGGCUCGCUCCGCACUGCGGGCACGCUGACAGCGCUGCCCAUCACCGGCUACAUCUCGGACCGCUUCGGGCGCCGCGUGGCGCUCGUCUUCAACGCCAUCAACACGGCCUGGCUCGGCGCCACGCGCUACUUUGCCGGCACUUACGUGGGCUUCGUCAUCUCGGAGUUCGCCGAGGCCACCUUUGGUUCUGGAGGAUUUUCUUGCGCUUAUGUUUUAGUGACGGAGGUGGUCGGCCCAAAGUACCGCGUGGCUGCGGGCGCGACUCUAAACACCUUCUUCUCCGUGGGGCAGAUCACCAUGGGACUCAUCGCUUGGGGCGUGCCGGACUGGAAGAAUCUCACUCUCACCUUGUACAUCCCACAAGUGCUUAGCUUUGCCUAUCUGUGGAUCAUCUCUGAGUCCGUGCGAUGGUAUAUGAGCAAAGGACACUACGAUAAAGCUGAAAAAGUAUUGAAUAAAAUAGCUCAAGUUAAUAGAAAACAGCUAUCUGAGAAAUCACUAGCGGCAUUGAGAGCAACCGCCGAGGAAGAAAAACAAAAUGCAUUGAUAGAUAAAACAGAAAAAGCGAAAGAGCCGUGGCUGGUGGUGCAAGUGUUUCGCAACAAGAAGAUUUUGCUGCGUUGCGUGAUCUCUCCAAUCUGGUGGAUUACAAACUUGUUCAUCUACUACGGAAUGUCUAUAAACUCUGUGAACAUGUCAGGCAAUCGCUACCUAAACUACAUGGCGGUGUCGGCGGCUCAGGUCCCUGGAUACUGGGCGGCCGUGCUGCUGUUAGACCGGCUGGGAAGAAGACCUGUGCUGGUCAUCGCUUUCUGGAUAGGCGCCGCAUGCCAGACAGCCUAUAUCGUCAUGCCUGAAGAUAUGCCCGGAGCAUCAUUAGCGGUAUACCUGAUAGGUUCAUGCAGCAGUGCCAUGACGAUGACGGCCGUGUACGUGUACACACUGGAGCUGUACCCGACGCGGUACAGACACUCCUUGUUCGCCUUCUCCUCCAUGAUGGGACGGGUUGGGUCUAUAUUGGCGCCGCUCACGCCUGCCCUGGGUGAGGCAGUGUGGGACAAGCUUCCCUUCGCGCUGUUUGGAGCCCUCGCCUUGCUAUCAGGAGCGCUCAUCUUCCUCACGCCCGAGACCCUGGGGGCCGCCCUGCCGGACACAUUUGAGGAGGCUGCAGACAUUGGGAAUCCGAAGAAGAAGCGCGUAGAUAUUUAGUUCGAUCGAGUUAGGCAACUGUCGUCAUAUAGUGAGUGUGAUUAUCGGAUACUGUGGCAAAAGAUCCUGGGCCAUAAAGUAUGGGACAACGCAUAUGCGACACGCCUGGUGUUGCAGGCGUCAACAAGCUGUGGCGACCACUUCCUGGUCGGCCGGAUGCCUGUUUACUUACUUGGUGGUAUAAAGAUGUGCUGCCGCUGUGCUGUUUUUCUAUUGUGUCCAGGGUUAUAUGUUGUGAGUUUAUUAUUUUAUGUAUUAUAAUUAUUAUUUUAAGAACUCAUAUUUGAUGAGAAUUAAUUUAUUGCGUCUGUGAUACUGACAAUGCAAAUUUUUAAUGCAAUAUCUUAAUUUUUGUAGGUAUUUAUUAACAUAAGUAUUUUGAUGUAAAUUUUUUGAAUCAAUAAAGUUUAUGAGUAUCG